UGUUUUUUACAGAGACCCACACACAGCUUCUGCAUCACCCUGGCCUCUUCGGACGUCCCACUUUCCAUGUCUACAGAGACUUUUUGAUUCAAAGUGCUUAGGUUUUCUUUUCUUUUUUUUACCUUGCCUGCCAAAAUGUCCCUUCUCACAGCUGCCCUGCUGUUUGCUGCACUGGAUGUCAUUUCCUGUGCCAAAUUUCUGGCGCCUUUAAACAUGGAAGGAGUCACGGGUCAAGUGGAGUUUGACUCAGACACCAAGCUGGCCACUGUAAAUGUAACUGGUGCAGGAUCCUGCAGCGCAUUAAACAUUUCCCUCACCAUGUUCCCCGUUAUGUACGGCCACUUUGAGCAACCCUGCUCUGAGGCCAACAUUGGCGCCAGUGUCUUCACCUUCACUACUGAUUCUUCCUCAAUGUCCUCCAUCGACGUGUCACGCCUCUUUGAACAAAUGCCAAACUUGGAUGACUUUUCGCUGUCUUUGGAGACAUGCAGUGGCACCAAAGUAUGCACAGUUGUAAGUCAAGGUCAGACAUCAUUGACUCGUCAGGCUAGGUUCACAGAGUCUAUUGCUGGUAACAUUUACAUACGUGCUAAUCAAGACAAUGCCAACCCCAGGCUUCUUGCAGAUCUGCUGACUAUUGGCCAGGUGAAUGCCUCAGAAACCAAUGUCACAGUCUCUGGGUCUACAAGUACAGCAACUAAUUGCAGCAUUCUGCUUGGAAACCUAGAUCCUGCAUCUUUGACAGAUCUGGGUGUUGUGAAAGUUGGAAGCCCAGAGAUGCCUCAAAAAUUCCGUCUGAACCUUACCAGCUUACAAGCAUACACUUAUCUUCUCCUCGACUUGGGGUCGAGUUACAAGUGUGCAAAGAUAUACACCAUGUCAGGGAAGGAGGUUAGAGCUGUUGUGAACAUGGCAGGAAUCAUGGGAUACUUCAACUUUCGUCAGGCUUCACCGUUUGAUGUGACACAGUUCAGUGUGAAUCUGACAAACUUAGCCCUAAAAGUCGGUCCCUAUCACGUCCAUCACUUCCCUGUCCCUUCAGUCAGGUCAACCCAGUGCUCUAAUGAUAAUGUGGGUGGUCACUGGAAUCCGUUUGGAGCCAACACAUCUUCCUCAACAUAUCCUGCAGGACCUGGAUCCACUCAUGACAUGUAUGAGAUAGGUGACCUGAGUGCCAAACAUAUGAGUCUUAACAACAGUGAUGCAGUGGACAUGACAUUCACCGACUUCAACCUUCCUCUGUUUGGAAAGAACAGCAUUGUUGGUCGCUCAGUUGUGAUUCACCAGAAUGACGGCGCCAGGUUUGCUUGUGCCAGCAUUGGCUAUCCUGGUGAGGUGAUUGUAGGAAGUGCCACAUUUCAGACUCCCGUGGUUGGAAAGAUCAGGUUUACCCAGUUAGUGAACAAUCCCCUGUCAGAUGUGUCCAUCUUUGCGGAUUUGUCGUAUGGAGUUCCCACAACAAGUCCGACCGAAAAACAUAACUGGCACGUUCACGUAUUCCCCAUCAGCUCAGAGAGAGACGAUGACCAAGGGCAUUGCAGCACGACAGGCGGCCACUGGAAUCCUUUUGGCAUCAGCACAUCUGAUAUCAGUUACGCUCUUCACUGCUCCCCAUCCUGUCCCCUGUGUUGUGAAGUCGGAGACCUCGCCAGCAAACACAGCACCAUUGAUCUCGACACCAACGUAGGCAAAGUCCAGUCCAAGCACUUUUUCACCGAUGUCACUUCCUGGUUAGAGGUAUCCGGCAUUAUUGGGCGUUCUGUGGUCAUCCAUGAACCACAAAGGGGAGGCCCAAGAAUCGCGUGUGCCAAUGUUACCAUGGAGCGGGUUCCUGAAGCCAGUUUAGGGAGUUGGUUUGGCCCUGAGAUGUCUAACGGCCAGGUGAAAUUCUCUCAAGCUGUCCCACAAGGCCCCACGAAAAUCAGUGUGUCCUUAACCAACCUGCAGUCCUUAGCUGGAGGCUACCAUGUCCACAUCUUGCCGAUUAUAGUAGGCAGCAGGGAUCCCUGCUCAAAUGCAAACAUCCUGGGCCACUUUAACCCGCUGAACUGGAACAUAAGCAAUUCGCCUUCACCUGGAACGGGCACCGUGGACCUGUAUGAGAUAGGAGACAUCAGUGGGAAGUUUGGGAUGCUUACUAACCAAACUGACUUUAAUGCCGUGUACCAGGACCCCAACAUGCCUCUUACUGGACCCUACAGCAUCGUGGGAAGAUCUGUCGUGGUCCACUACACCAAUGGAUCAAGGAUGAGGUGUGCAAAUGUCUUAGCAGACAGAAAUAUGGGAGGACAAUGGACCAUCGCCAACGCUACAUUUAACGGAACAGUGAAUGGGACAAUCACACUGCGCCAGCAGGUAUUUCCUGACGGGAGUAGAGGCGAUGUCACUCUAGAAGUGGACCUUAAGUCGUCUGAAGUUACUUCUACGGCCGCCCUAUCUAUUACAACCAACCGUGUGAAUGCCACGGUCGGCCUGUGCAACACAGCGGGAAACACGUUCAAUCCCUUCAACAUGACGCUACAGAGCUCCAGCUGUUCAUUACAAAACCACCUGAGCUGUGUGGUGGGGGACAUUUCCCUGAGGCAAGGCAGCGUCACCCUGACUGGGAGAGAAGUCUUCACUGACAGCAACAUCCAGCUGACAGGAGACCACACAGUCGUCCACAGAUCUCUUGUGCUGAAGAGGGGUGACAGCAUCCUUGCAUGUGCUGAAAUACUCCCAGAAUCCCCGUCUGCAGCGCAAACCUUUCCCAAUGUGAGCUCCUUCAGCCGAUUUGAUUUCCGAAGGAGAGUCGCAGACGUUCUGAAGGUGGGAAUGGCGAUGGUAACCAUCUUGCCAGGCUCUCCUCUCUCUGCAGCAGGUGGCGAGUGCCAAACGGUCAACUUCAUGGUCUCGGGUGAUGUCAGCGCAGAUCUGCUUCGUUCUGUCAAAACCAGUGAGUUGAUGGGCCCGUUCAGGGAGAGUGACUCAUGUACAAGAAUGUCUGCGGGACAGCUGCUGGUGCCACAAAUCGUCCCACUCUUCCUGAUGUUUGCCGCUGCCUUCCUGCUGCCAUCUGCAGUUUCUUUAUAGAAAUCUGAGCCCCGGCUGCACCAUGCAAUAAUCAGCGGAGACACACGGAUCCUAAUGUUGUACUACUGAGAAUCUGCCAUGUCACUCAGCAAAUGUUACACUGGUCACCGAGCGAAUAAUGUGCAUCUCUGUACAAACCUUACGUGCAAAUAAAGAUCUUCCAGGUUUUUAAUCGACGAACCAGUUUAGGUCAAACAUAUAUUUAUAAGCUAGCUGGUAUGCCUGCUUUUAUUUCUUUAUUGUUUUUUUUGCAGACGUGUCAUGUUUAGGUAACUGGUAUUGUUACUCAUUUGGGGGGAGGGGGGAUCUAUUACUGUUUGUUGAACCUCUGUUUAAAAUAUUGCAAAUACUUCACAUUGUUCAAUAAAUUUUUUCAGAAUUUUA